CGAAAUAAAUGUGUUUAAACACAGUGCGAUUUUAUUUUAUUUUUUUUUUCUCCAUAAUUUAGGAAAUGUAUGAAAAGCAAUUGAAAACUGAAUCAGUGCUGCAUUAAUGUAUAAUUAGAGUAAUCAUUUCCAUUAUUUAAGCGUUAGAAUGGAGUAAACAUAGUCCAGAGAAAAAGAUGGGGUCGAGUUCAUUUUUCCUUGAAUUUUGAUUAGUCUUAAUCCAGGCGCGGUUAACAUAAGAGAUUGUUUACGUAAAUCUUCUUUUUUAAUAACUUUAUUUGGAGAGCGCUAGAACUACUAAAUAUCCCUGCAAUAUUCGUUUGGUUUUCAUUACUAAAGCUAGAGCUCUAGAUUGAAUUUAAAUUUCAUGAAAAUUAAUUUAUAUGAUACUGAAAUAUUAUAUAUCGUCUGUGUGUGUUAUUAUUCCCGAUUUUAUAAUAUUUAUCACAAUAAAGUAUUUAGGAUUGCAUAAUCCUGUACAUACAACUCUGAUUUGAGGUUAGAAUACGGUUUGCUUUCAAAUUAAUAGAAAUAAAAAUGAUAAAAGCUGUUUUAAUAGAUUUGAGUGGUACCUUACAUAUAGAAAAUCAAGCAAUAUCUGGAUGCGUUGAGGCUUUGAAAAGGCUCCGUGAGAAAGAGCUUUAUAUAAAGUUUGUGACGAAUACUACAAAAGAAAGCAAAAGAAUUCUUCAUCAAAGAUUAACACAAUUGGGAUUUGAUGUAAACAAGGAAGAUAUUUUAAGCUCUUUGACAGCUGCUAGAAAUCUAAUCGAUCAACGUAAUUUAAAACCUAUGUUAAUGCUUGAACAAGCAGCUCUAGAAGAUUUUGAAGGGAUAGCAUGUCCCUCAACAGACACUCCAAACGCUGUAAUUGUUGGUCUUGCACCAACAGAAUUUCAUUAUGAAAAAUUAAAUGAAGCUUUCAGACAUUUACAAGCAGGUGCUCAAUUGAUAGCCAUACAUGCAGGAAAAUAUUACAAAAGGUCUGAUGGUCUGGCACUGGGACCAGGAUUUUUCGUUAAAGGAUUAGAAUACUCAGCAGAAUGCACUGCUGAAGUAGUUGGUAAACCAAAUAGUUCAUUUUUCCUAUCUGCUUUAGGUUCUCAGAAUAAACCAGAAGAAGCUAUUAUGAUAGGAGAUGACGUGAAUGAUGAUAUACAAGGUGCAAUGAAAGCAGGAUUACGUGGUUAUCUCGUCCAAACAGGAAAGUAUAAAGUUGGCGAUGAAGGUAAGAUAAGUCCACCCCCUUCAGCUGUAUUUCCAAGUUUCGUUGAAGCCGUUGAAAAUAUUUUAACACAAGUUGAAUAA